CGAACACCCUUUUAAAAACAAUAAUGUAUUCAUUAUUUGUCUACGGGUGUAAAUAAAGGUGUCUUACCAUUAAUGACGUUUAUAUCUAGUUAGCAACAUUGGAUUAUUUAACACGUAACCGGAAGUAUAAUCUAAUUUCCUUAAACUUACACAAAACUGGAUUGGUGUAAGCACAUUCGCUGCAAGUGACCUCACUCUGUUUCCUACGUUUGUAAAUCGAAUUUUUGUUUUGCUAGAACCGCAGUUACGCGUCACGGCAAUCAGCUGAUUCAUUCACAUGACCGCCCUUUCUAGUUUGUCCUGAAACUUGUUCCACAUAACCCCUGCUUUACACGAUCGGAACCAUCAGGUGAAGUUAGUUGUAGGACAUCGGGACUUCCGGUGAAGCUGACUAUGUUUGCAACAACAGCGUGAGUCUGCACGAAGAGGCUCUGAGGCUGCGGCGUGGCCGGUGAGUCUGUUUCGAUUUCUGGAGGGGUUUCCAAACAUUGUGCAAAAUGAGUCCAGAGGGGAAGAAGCUGCUGAACAUCGUCAUCCUGGGCUUCGGCUUCAUGUUCAUGUUCACCGCCUUUCAAACAUGCGGCAACAUCGAGCAAACGGUUCUCAAGAGCUUCAACAGCACCGACUUCCACGGGAGCGGCUACACCAGCAUGGCCAUCAUCUACGGGGUCUUCUCUGCCUCCAACAUGAUCGCCCCCUCCGUGGUGACCGUCAUCGGGCCGCAGCUCUCCAUGUUUUUCAGCGGCCUUCUGUACAGCGGCUACAUCGCCAUGUUUAUCUACCCGUACACGUGGAGCUUCUACACGGCCUCUGUGCUGGUGGGAGUCGGAGCAGCAGUGUUGUGGACGGCUCAGGGCAACGUGCUGGCCAUCAACUCCUCUGAGAGCACCAUCGGAAGGAACAGCGGCAUCUUCUGGGCGCUGCUGCAGUUCAGCUUGUUCUUUGGAAACCUCUACAUCUACUUUGCCUGGCACGGACACGACCACAUCACAGACAAGGACCGGCAGACGGUGUUCAUCUCCCUCACCGUCAUCAGUCUGGUGGGCUGCUUCCUCUUCUUUCUCAUCCGGAAGCCGGAUCCAGAACCAGCUGCUAAUGAGGCCGCAGAGUCGCUGCUGCAGGCCGACUCCACCGAGAGCUCCUCCGGAGAAGGCUCGCCCCCCCGCGGCCUCUGGUCACAAGCUCUGGAAGCUUUUGUAAAGGCCUGUAAGAUGUUCGCCACCCCAGAGAUGAUGCUGCUGAGCGUCUCCAUCGGAUACACAGGUCUGGAGCUCACCUUCUACAGCGGCGUGUACGGGACGUGUAUCGGAGCCAUGACGCGCUUCGGACACGACGCCAAAAGUCUGAUCGGCCUCUCUGGGAUUUGCAUCGGCAUCGGGGAGAUCUUAGGGGGGGGCGCGUUCGGGAUGAUGAACCGCUGCAGGCGCUUCGGGAGGAACCCGGUGGUGCUGCUGGGCCUCGUCACACACUACGCCGCCUUCUACCUCAUCUUCCUCAACAUCGCCCCCGACGCCCCCAUCGCCCCCGAGGGGGGGACGGACCUGCAGGCCUUCAUCAGCCCCAGUGUGGGCGUGGCCCUCCUCUGCAGCUUCCUCCUGGGUUUGGGGGACAGCUGCUUCAACACUCAGCUGUUGAGCAUCAUCGGCUUCACCUUCCACGACAACAGCGCCCCGGCCUUCGCCGUCUUCAAGUUCAUCCAGUCCAUCAUGGCCGCCCUGGCCUUCUUCUACAGCAACUACCUGCUGCUCCACUGGCAGCUGCUCAUCCUGGUGCUGACGGGCUUCCUGGGCUGCAUCACCUUCUUCCUGGCCGAGUGGCGGGCCGAGUCCAGCCGGAGGGAGUCCGACUACGACAGCAUCUGAUGAAGAUGAUGAUGAUGAUGGGAGGGGGGGGGGGUACGUUUGUUUUUUACACCUGUAGAAGCCUCUGGAACCUUUGCCUGUAAUUAAGUCAAAUUGAUGAAGCUUGUUCUAGUUCCUCUGAAUCCAAUCGGCACAAAUGGGUCCUGACUUCAUGGAGGCAGGACGAUGAAGAGGAACCAAAGGGCCUCUUUGGGGGGGGGGUCUGCCGCGCUGACAUGAACACAGCUGCUAUCUUUCUGGCUUUGAUUUGUGUGUAGCUGCUGCAGGUCUGGAGAUAUUCUUCAUAUUUAUUCCCAUGAAAACACCAACGCCGACAUUGAAGUACCUACCGAAGGUCCUGAUGCUACAAAAUGUUUGUGUGUUUAAACACGCAAGCAGGAAGUCACACAGGAACCCUGAUUUCAGUCUUUUCAUGGGAGUCGAUGGUGAUUUUAAUUGAAGUUCUUCCUCUCUCCUGUAAGUGUUGCACACGACAACCCCCCCCCCCCCCCCCCCCAGACCUCUGAGCUCCACUUUGUCCUCAAAGACAAAAAGGGAAACUUUGUGAAGUGUGACUUAUUUAUGUGGGUGAAACUUGUGUCUCUUCUGGUUCCUUUGUGGCUCACUGAGUCGAUUUAAAUGAGAUGAUCGUAGCCGAGCUGCUUGCUCCCCCCUUCUGUGUCACAUGACCAUAAAAGUGAUCCUCACGAAUGAUGGAGCAUCACUGUGGUGGUGAUGUCAUAGAAACAUGGGUGUGGCUUAAAGGAGGGAUCCAGGUCACUUGAUGCAAACCACCCACAGUUCCCAUAAUGCAAUGUUUUACGCAAACACCACACCAGCCGUUUGUUACUCAGGAUCUCUGUUGAAGGCACCUUUUUUUAAUUUUCAUCAUCCAUUCAUAAUGCUUUUUUUUGUUGUGGUUCAAAACAAAAGUCCAAGCUUCCCAGAAUGUGCCAUUUAAAAUGAUCUGUGACAAAUAGAAGGAGAAGGUCGGUUUGAAGGACUCAAUUCACAAUAUUAAACCAAAUUUUGCUGCAAUGAUAAAUAGUAAAUAUGAAUAGUUUUGAUCUGUAAGCAAACACCAAAAAACGGAAGCGUGACUGUAAAUAAAGCAGGAUGUCACAUGUUUAUUUCAUGAGGAAGGAAAACAAUGGACAUGUUGUGUGGACACAGACAAAGAGGACGCCCCACACGCCUUCAACCUUCACUGGAGUCUCUUCUGUCGUUUUAAUUCUGAUACUAAAACGUGAGACCUCAACUUUAUGUCGUGUUGACGCGGGAAUUCAUAUCUCAUAUUGUUUUUGUUUGUUUUGUGUCGCUUAUGAACCACAGCACGUUCUAGGGAAUCUAUUGCUGCAUCAUGGGUAGAAACACAACAGAUGUUAUCGAUCUGGAGGAUGUUAAGGGAAACGCUUGUUCACUGUGACAGGGAUUUUAUAAUGAAUGUGAGAACGAAGAAUGUCACCCAGACUUCGGCUUGCUUGUUUUUAUUAUCAAUAAAAUAUUAUUCUGAG